GACUUACACUAACAGAUCUCAGGUAGUGAGGAGUGGGAGACUGUCUCUCCCUGUUAGCGGGUCAGCGCGCUUCAGUAGUGAAUCUCUUCAUGUGACUGGGGCUGAGAGGGAUAGUGAGCAUGUCCUGGGACUGUGGGCUGAAAUAUCUCUUCUCUUUACCCCCGGCGCUGCAGCAGGGGGGCGUCUGCGCCCUGCGUGCCCAAGACGAGCUCUCCCGCUUGGAGAUGGUGCAGAGGCUGGCCAAGGACGGCUGCCGCUUCCUCCAGAACCAGAACUACCGCCUGCCUGACCGCUCCGCAGGGGCUCAGGGGGAGGGAGCAGUGCGUGUGUGUCUGAAGGAGAGAGGCCAGGAUGUGCUGGUGCUUCAGAGGGUGUCGUCAGAGCGAACAUCACCUCAGACAGCAGGAGGAGUAAAGGAGGAGGACAGCGAUAAGAGGUAUGUGGUGGUGUCCGGUACGCCCCAUAAGAUCCUGGAGCACCUGCUGAGUGACCUGCGUCUGGAUGAACACCAGGGGGCGACGGAUGGCAAAGAGGCAGAGAUGCUUCUAGAUGACUUCCUGUUGACCUACCUUGUGUUUAUGUCUACUCAUGAUCUCUGUCAGGCGCUCCUUGGACACUAUUGCACCAAACGGUGCCGAGGGAAGGAGGAGGGGAAAGAGGCCCUCUACAGGAAGCGUAAAGUACUGCACCUGGUCUGUCAGUGGAGUUCCCUUUACAAGGACUUCUUACGUGAGGAGGAGCAUGUUAAACUCUUCAUGAAGACCCUAUACCGCUACGUGCUGGAGGAUGUCUACGAGUUCCCGACCUUGGAGAAGGACCUAAAGGAGUUCCAGAAACUUCUGCGACGCAGGCACACGGUGGAUGACUAUUCUCCACAUCACAAGAACAAAGCCCUCUUCCAGCAAUUGAGCCUGAAAGAGAACUGCGUCCAGUUACGAGGGGCACCGAGCGAGAGCAGAGAGGUUCUGUGUCGUGUGUAUGUGAGCCCUGACUCAUACCUGAGUGUGAGAACUCGUCCUACGCUGGUUGCUCAGGAGCUGCUGAGCAUCAUCGCCCACAAGAUGGAGAAGCCAGAGGAGGACAUGGUGCUGGUGUCUCAGUCCUACAAUGGAGAGAAACUAGUCCUUCAGCCACAUGACAGUAUUUACUCAGAAUCUCCAGCGGCUCCCAGUCGACUGAUAGCGUGCCGCAAAGACCUGACUGAGAUUCUGCCUCCUCUGACAGAAUGCACUGAACUUGGCCAGAGGCCAGUGAGACUCCUGGGCAUUAAUACCUGGGAUGUGGCAGUGGCCCUCACCAACUGUGACUGGAUCCUUUUCAACUCUAUCCACGAGCAAGAGCUCAUCUACUACACUUUUAACCGUCAGGCCAGCAGCGGCCACACGGUGGCGCUGGAGCUCCUUCUGCAGCGCUGUAAUGAGGUUCAGCAGUGGGUGAUGUCCGAGAUUCUUCUCUGCUCUUCAUUGGCUAAACGCGUCCAGCUUCUCAAGAAGUUCAUCAAGAUCGCAGCGCACUGUAAAGCUCAGAGAAAUCUCAACUCCUCUUUUGCCAUCAUCAUGGGUCUGAACACUGCAGCUGUCAGUCGCCUGAAUCAGACAUGGGAGAAAGUUCCAGGGAAAUUCAAGAAGCUCUUCUCUGAGUUAGAGUUGUUGACCGAUCCGUCUCUGAACCAUAAGGCCUACAGAGAUGCAUUCAGGAAGAUGAAGCCACCUAAAAUCCCCUUUAUGCCUCUGCUACUAAAAGAUAUUACCUUCAUCCAUGAGGGAAACAAAACAUUUCAUGAUAACCUUGUGAAUUUUGAGAAGCUGCACAUGAUUGCAGACACCGUCCGCCUCAUCCGCCACUGUCAAACAGACCAAACAGGUAAACAACCCUCGCUUGACAGUCCUGAUGUGAGAGCCAGUGUCCAUUACCUUCACAUCAUUGACAAUCAGCAGACAUUAUUUGAACUGUCUCACAGACUUGAACCCAGAGCGUAACAGCUACCCCUGCUGGACACUAAAAAUGUAGCAGCUAAUACAGAACG